AUGCAUCUGUUCAAUAUUCAACAAAAAGUGGAUAAGUCGGUAGAAGAACGACAGCUUGUCGAGGCUUUGAAACUGCAGGAUAUGAUCCACCAUAAAUCGGCACUGCGAUGGGGUGAAGCAAAGGAUAGGCUGAAACAAGGAUAUGUACAACGAGAGAACUAUGAAGAGGCUGCGCAAUGGGUCAUGACAUCCCUCAAGAAUGUGCGUGAUACUUUUGGCCCUACGAGCAUUGAAACAUCGUGUGAAUUGCUUAAGCUCGCAAUAAUGUUUGCCGUGCGCAGCUCUCAAAUAACGGAAUAUAGUUGUGUCUUUGAUGGGGUAUACUUUAAGCUUUACAGUUAUCGAGUGCAAGACAGGGAUGACAAAGAAGUUAAAGAUAUUUUGGGGCUCAAAUAUACCAAGACCAGAGACGAACAGCUGGCUUUACGAGGCAUUGGCAAUAUCCAAUUCACUUCGUUAAGCAAUCGGUACAAAGUCAAAGCAGAUGCGACUCUCUCUGUUCUUAUCAACGAUGAGGAACUGCGCACACUGGUAGUCGAAGUAAAAUCGUCUUUGGAACAACCUCAUUGGAUUGAUGCUAAUAGAAUCUGA